AUGAGCAGCAGGCUCCACCUGGACGCUGCCACACCCCUGGAGGAAGUUCUGGAUCAAGCAGGCCAGCCGCAAGAUGGUUCCUCCUCUGGUUUAAGUCUGCUGUCCUCACCCAAUGUGAUCGCCCUUGGGGAAGUGGGAUUUGACUGCACAGUAGGGAACUGGGAACGGGAGGGCAAAGUUUUAGAUGAACCUUUCAGGCUUGCAGACCCUAACAAACCUAUUAUCCUCCACCUCCGGAGAACAGCAGAAGACAAGUACCAAAGGGCUCCACUUGAGGAGUGCAUUAAGAUUGCCCAUGUAGCUGGAAUACCUCCUCAUCAAAAGUUCCAUCUACACUGUUUUUCGGGAUCCUUUAAAGAAUUGACCCAUUGGACACAGACCUUCCCGGAGACGUGGUUUGGGUACACAGGAAUGGUCGCUAGUUUUGAUGAACACCAGCUUUCGGGUCUGCGGUCCCUUAAUGCGAAACGGUUUGUUCUGGAAACUGAUGCCCCCUACCUGUGGCCUCGCCCAGGUCGCAGAGGGAUUAACAGGCCAAGACUACUCGGCGAAGUUGCAACUGUGGUGGCUGAUGCUCGACAAAGUACCACAGCCAAUGUCCUGGAGCGCACCUACAUCAAUGCUAGGCAACUCUACAGCGUGUAA